CGGAAUACAUGUAAAGAGCUAUAUGCAUAUAAUAGCUGCGUAUAAGUAGCUCCGAUAGGUAAAUCAAUCCGAAGGAUCAAGUCUGAAUUGCAUCGAAAAAAUGGCUUUCUUAUUCCUUACUCCGGAAUACCAUAAUCGGUUCAGGAGGUUGGUGAUAGCUCCCGUGCGGACUUUUAUAUAACACUGGUAAAAAGUAAUGUUUAAAUUAGAUCAUUACUAUCAAACAUGGAGUAUGGAGUGCAAGAAGUAAAAAUGAAACUCACUAGUUUUCUUCUAGUUGGAAUGGCUAUGGUGUCAGCAGAGUUUUAUAGUUCCCGCUAUGACGAUUUUGAUGUCAAGCCAUUAGUGGAAAAUGAUCGAAUUUUACAAAGCUACACUAAUUGCUUUCUUGACAAAGGACCGUGUACCCCAGAUGCCAAGGAAUUUAAAAAAGUGAUACCCGAAGCUCUGGAAACAACUUGCGGGAAAUGCUCGCCAAAACAAAAGCAGUUGAUUAAGACGGUGAUUAAAGCUGUUAUCGAACGCCAUCCCGAAGCGUGGGAGGAGCUUGUUAACAAAUAUGACAAGGACAGAAAAUUUAGACCAUCUUUCGAUAAAUUCAUUAACGAAGACGACUAACUUUAGCGGCUUGGCUCUGCCCCUGGCAUUGGUGAGAUCCAUGAGCAACGGUAACCACUCACCAUCAGGUGGACCGUAUGGUCGUCUGACUACAGGGGCAAUAAAAAAAAUAUCUUAGUUUCGUCAUAAUUGAGUGAAACUUUAGAUAUUUUAAGUUCAAUUAAUUAAGACUCAUAGCAUGUUUUGUCAGAUUUUCAUAGAUCAUAGAUUUAAAUAAAAAAGCCUUUGUCUUAGACCUACCUCGUGCUUAAUAAUUUUUUUCAUAACUUUCAUAAUGAUGAUUGCUGGUGUCUUUCGGUUUCAAACGAAAGCUCUAAAGUUUUUAGAUCGUAUUUUUGUAUUUGUAUGUUUUCACACUUUAUUUUUGUAAUUAAAAGUAAAAGUUAAAACAGGAAUAGUUGAAAUAUGUUUUAUUAAAGAAAAUCCAAUUAAAGCUUUUUUUACUAAUACUACGUCAUUAAA